CACCUUUAGAGAGCAGCAUCUGCAUGCAGAUAAAAAGAAAUAUUGUUUAAACGAGGGAGAUGGAUGUGCCACAUAGUGCGAAAAGGGAAAAGUGGUAGAGACCCAAUAAUGAUAAUUUUAUUUCUUUGUGUGGUCGCGCUCUAUCUGUCUUCAGAAGGGUUUGACGAGGUUUUACCAGAAGGUUGGACUUGUGCUAAAGACUGGUUCUACUUCAACGGCUCAUGCUAUCGAGCUUAUAACACGAAACUGUCUUGGUUUUACGCAAGAGCCGCUUGCCAGGAAAACGGAGGGGAUCUGCUCAGCAUAAACUCUGAUGGAGAGCAGCAGUUCGUGUACCGACGCAUGGCAGUCAACAAAACGUUCUGGAUCGGCCUGGUGAAAGAUCAAAGUUCUAAAAAUUUCCGCUGGUCGAAAGGCGAGGAGCUAGCUUAUCUGAACUGGAUUAGUCAACCGAACAUUUCGGGUCCUGAGGAUUGCGGUGAGAUGACAGACUAUGGUUCAUUUCACGGCUGGUGGAACGACAAGAGCUGCUCCGAAAAACAGCCAUACAUCUGUGAAAAAGAUGCAGCAAGCGGAAGAUAUUUCAAGAGAUCACCGAACACCCAGCUGACUAAGCAUGUGAUUCAUCAGUUGGUAGCACAAAGUGACAUUGAAUGUUUGCUUUGGUGUCGACGCUAUCAAAACUGCACAUCAGUUAAUUACAGACCAGGGGAAGCGCCAUCAACGAGCCUUUGUGAGAUAAAUGUUGCCAUCGCAAAUGAGUUUCCUGGAGAUGUGGUCGAGAGCAAGGAAUUCGAUUAUUACGAGGCUUUAAGUUUGCGAAAAGGGAAAAGUGGUAGAGACCCAAUAAUGAUAAAUUUAUUUCUUUGUGUGGUCGCGCUCUGUUUGUCUUCAGAAGGGUUUGACGAGGUUUUACCAGAAGGUUGGACUUGUGCUAAAGACUGGUUCUACUUCAACGGCUCAUGCUAUCGAGCUUAUAACACGCAACUGUCUUGGUUUUACGCAAGAGCCGCUUGCCAGGAAAACGGAGGGGAUCUGCUCAGCAUAAACUCUGAUGGAGAGCAGCAGUUCGUGUACCGACGCAUGGCAGUCAACAAAACGUUCUGGAUCGGCCUGGUGAAAGAUCAAAGUUCUAAAAAUUUCCGCUGGUCGAAAGGCGAGGAGCUAGCUUAUCUGAACUGGAUUCGUCACCCCAACAUUUCGGGUCCUGAGGACUGCGGUGAGAUGACAGACUAUGGUUCAUUUCACGGCCAGUGGAACGACAAUAGCUGCUCUACGAAACAGCCAUAUAUCUGUGAAAAAGAUGCAGCAAGCGGAAGAUAUUUCAAGAGAUCACCGAACACCCAGCUGACUAAGCAUGUGAUUCAUCAGUUGGUAGUACAAAGUGACAUUGAAUGUUUGCUUUGGUGUCGACGCUAUGAGAAUUGCACAUCAGUUAAUUACAGACCAGGGGAAGCGCCAUCAACGAGCCUUUGUGAGAUAAAUGCUGCCAUCGCAAAUGAGUUUCCUGGAGAUGUGGUCGAGAGCAAGGAAUUCGAUUAUUACGAGGCUUUAGGUUGAAGGUUGGACUUAUUAUCGGCCCCUCCCUUGAGAUCAUUGGCAAUCAUGAACCAUUUCGUUUGUAAGACGGUAGUGUAAGGUUUCUUGAUAAAUAAAUAAAUUAUUAUAAGUAAAUAGCGAAAACAUUUUACAACGCUUGGUUGGGCUGGAUCAAACUUGGCGUUUUUCAUGAAAAGCAAAGGGGGAUUUCCAGGCUAAUGAAAUUCUCCAUGGAUAUGGAAAAACUGUAGACAUGGGUUACUCACUUGCAAGGCUUCGACGAACGGACAGUUCAGAAAGAAAUGUUUUUUUCUUUGUUCUAAAAAAAGGGCACGAACUUUUGAAAUGCCCCGUACAAUCCAAAAGGAAAGCAAGGUUUGUAUGAGACUCAGCUGGCUGCUACAACUUGUUUUACUUGAGUUCUAUAUAAAUCCAUGGCUGCUGCAGAAAAUAUUCCAACGUCGAUAUCUUCAAGUUUACCCAUCCUUCCCACG